AUGAAGCGUCGCACGUUCAGCAGCAAAGAGAAGAUGGCCUUCGUGAAAUCAAUCCAAGAAGGGGGCGAUAUCAACGAUAUCAGCGAGAAGAACGGUGUUCCUGACGGCGUUCAACCGUGUGGUAGCGCAGGAGGUUUUGCCGUGCCUCCUUUAUUUUCAUUCUACCUGGUGAGCGAGUGGAGAAUGAAGUUCGUGAGUAAUGCAGUAUACCUGGAGCUGCAGUUACAACUACAACAAAGGCGCUUAUGA